UUUUUUUUUCUUCCUCCAACGCCUUGCUCCCUAAAAAAAAAAAAAAAAAAUUUCUCCCUCCCCGAUGCCCAGAUUUCGGUGCCCGUUUUGACCGGGUGUUUCGAGGCCGAUGAAGCUUUACUUUAUCCUGUGAUCGAGAGCAGAAAACGGUCGGAAAACGGUUAGCCAGCUAAUUGUAGCCAAAGCGAGGAAGUGAGGCGACGGAAAGAAAAAUGACAUCUCGGAGGUGGUUUCACCCCAACAUCACAGGUGUGGAGGCUGAAAACCUGCUGCUGACUCGCGGGGUGGAUGGAAGCUUUUUGGCCAGGCCCAGUAAGAGUAAUCCAGGAGACUUCACCCUCUCAGUGCGGCGAAAUGGAGCGGUCACCCACAUCAAGAUCCAGAACACGGGAGACUACUACGACCUGUACGGCGGGGAGAAGUUUGCCACACUGGCCGAGCUGGUGCAGUAUUACAUGGAGCAUCACGGGCAACUGAAGGAGAAAAACGGAGACGUCAUCGAGCUCAAGUAUCCGCUCAACUGUGCAGACCCCACCUCUGAGAGGUGGUUCCACGGCCACUUGUCGGGACGGGAGGCUGAGAAGCUGCUGACGGAGAAAGGGAAGAACGGCAGCUUCCUGGUGAGAGAGAGUCAGAGUCACCCGGGGGAUUUCGUCCUGUCGGUCCGUACGGGAGACGACAAGACGGACAGCAGUGACAGCAAACCUAAAGUCACCCACGUCAUGAUCCGCUGCCAGCAUGACCUGAAGUACGACGUCGGCGGAGGGGAGAAGUUCGACUCCCUGACAGAUUUGGUCGAGCACUACAAGAAGAACCCCAUGGUGGAGACUCUGGGCACCGUGUUGCAGCUCAAACAGCCCCUCAACACUACUCGUAUUAACGCUGCAGAGAUCGAAAGUCGAGUUCGAGAGCUCAGCAAACUAGCCGAGGCCACAGACAAGGUCAAACAGGGCUUCUGGGAGGAGUUUGAGACGUUGCAGCAGCAAGAGUGCAAACUACUCUACAGCCGCAAAGAAGGCCAGAGAGCAGAGAACAAGAACAAGAACAGAUACAAGAACAUUCUGCCUUUCGAUCACACUCGUGUGGUGCUGAAUGACAGGGAUCCAAAUGAGCCCGGCUCUGACUACAUCAACGCCAAUAUCAUCACGGUAGCAUCCGCUGUCAUGCCGGAGCUGGAUCCAAAGUGCAACAGCACCAAGGUGAAGAAGAGCUACAUCGCCACUCAGGGCUGUCUGCAGAACACCAUCAGUGACUUCUGGAGGAUGGUGUUUCAGGAGAACUCUCGAGUCAUCGUCAUGACCACCAAGGAGGUGGAGAGGGGAAAGAGUAAGUGUGUGAAGUACUGGCCCGACAUGUCGGCUCUGAAGGAGUACGGAGCGAUGCGCGUUCGAAACGUCAAGGAGACGGCUGCACACGACUACAUCUUAAGAGAACUCAAACUGUCCAAAGUUGGCCAGGGCAACACAGAACGCACCGUGUGGCAGUACCACUUCAGGGCCUGGCCUGACCACGGAGUCCCCACCGACCCCGGCGGUGUCCUCGACUUCCUGGAGGAGGUCAACCUGAAACAGGAGAGCAUCCUGGAUGCUGGACCUAUAGCCGUACACUGCAGUGCAGGGAUCGGGCGGACAGGAACGUUUAUAGUGAUCGACAUCCUGAUAGAUGUGAUCAGAGAAAAAGGGGUGGACUGCGACAUCGACGUGCCAAAGACCAUCCAGAUGGUCCGUUCUCAGCGCUCUGGGAUGGUGCAGACGGAGGCCCAGUACAGGUUCAUCUACAUGGCUGUGCAGCAUUACAUAGAAACACUGCAGAGACGCAUAGAGGAGGAGCAGAAAAGUAAGAUUAAAGGGCGCGAGUACACCAACAUUAAGUACUCUUUGUCGGACCUGACCGGAGGAGAGCAGAGCCCUUUGCCUCCGUGCACUCCUAUUCCUACUCCCACCUGCACAGAGAUGAGGGACGACAGCUCCAGAGUGUAUGAGAACGUCGGCCUGAUGCAGCAGCAGAAGAGCUACAGAUGAGAUUCACCUUUGAUCCCAGAGCUCUAUCACUUCCAGGAUCUUGAUACCUGACAGUUUUUGCCAGCCACACCUUGACGCCUGAGACUUGACCGUAAUGACAUGGAACAAUGGAAACAAAAAAAAACACACAAAUACCCCCUCCUCUCCACACAAAAAAAUAAACGGAGAGAGACCAGACUCCAGGGUCCUUCUGUACCCGUGUUUGCCCUCUAGAUGAAAUCUAAACCACUGUGAUCAUCAGAAGAGCCUUUGAGAAGCUAACACGAUACUAAAACAACAACACGUUAGGUUCAGCUCUUUGUUAAUCUCAUCCCAACAAGGGCUGCUAACAGCGAGCGCUCUCCUCAGAGGGGACGGAAAAACCUACCUAACCUUUUGCUCAUCUCUCGAUUCUUUUUUUCUAUUUUUUUUUUUUUUUUUUAUUAACCAAAGGAAGAUUAUUAUGUAGGUUGUUUGUUUAUAGACAGAGGUUUUCUGAAAAAAAAAAAAAAAAAGGCUUGUGCCAAAACCAUGAAUGAUUUAAUCCACAUUUCUCAGCCAUUUAAAAGUCUCGAUUCGGCCUUGAAAGCAGAGGGAGACGAGACCUUAUUUGUGGACUAAAGUCGGGCAAAGUUUCCAGUGAUUAUUGCCUAGUUUUCACUGUGUUAUAUAGAAUAAUGUUUCUGAAUGAAGAACUAUUGGCAUUGUAGUGUAAUAACAAUAUUUACUAAUGAUUUGUAAACUUAAAAACAUGGAUUCCUUAAUUUUUUUAUUUUUUUUGUGCCUCGUUGAGAAACUUUAUUUCAGGCUGUUCGGCGUGUGAAUGACCUUUUUUGGUUGUUCAGUGUUUGUUAGUUAACCAUUCCUGAGCUCAAGCCGAAUGCCCUUACUGCUGCGCUUUUAUUUAGCAGCAUUAACCGCUACAGACGAGCCUCGAUUCCCCCGGGUGGAUUUUCCAAAUCUCAUCCGGGGGUUUCGGGAGGAGUUCGGUAUGCCUGCACUACUACUACGUCAAAGUCAGUGUGACGACGCAUUAAGAUUUCAGGGGAGUCUGUUGUGUUUCUCAGUUGCAACAGGCGCACGACUGCCCCAAAAAACUUUUGUUUUUUUUAUAAAGCGCAUAUUACUUUCUUUCUGUCAUAUUUUCUGUUUUUCCUUAAAAGACAAUUGCCUUUUGUGUAUUGCCAUUAACUAUUCUGUGCACCAUUUGUACUUAAUUUUAAGAUUCACUGUUUUACGAAGCAAUCGCACAUUUCCCAGCUUUGGCAAUAUAAAAAGUCACUGUUGUGGUUGUAGAUUGUCGACCCUGUUGAGUAAGAAGUUCAUACAAACGCACUCACUCACACUAAUCUCUGCAGGUUUCUAUUUGAAAGUAUUUCCUUGUUUUCCUGUUGCUGUUAAUCAAACUAAACCAUUUAAAGGAAAAGCUUGACAUUUUGGGAAAAAUCGAAACCACUCUCAUGCCUGUGAACUACAUUUAAAGUAAUGGCCGAUUAGCCUAGCUUAGCACAAAGAAUGGAAACAGAGGGAAGCAGCUAGCAGACUUAAGGAAGUCGCUGCUCUCGGUCAAAGAAACUACCUGCCAAACCAACCAUUGAUAUGAGAGAAGAACAAGCAGCCUCAAAUGUUUGAGGUGUUUCCACAUCUACUGUCGAUUAGCUUAGCUUAACACAGAGACUGAAAAUAGAAGAAAAACUAGCAAAUGCCUACUAAGGCAAGUCUUCAGUCUGUUUGCUUAUGAAUACGCUUUCUCUGACAGCUAAAUAGCUUAGCUUGGCUUAGGGAAUGGAAUCAGUAGUAGUAAGCUAGCUUGAUUCUGAAGGCUAAUGGUUUAAAGUGAACAGAAACAGAUAAAUGCUAAAUAUGAAACUGUUGUCUUCAGUGGAUUAGCUUAGCUUAGUUUAGCAUGAAGACCCGAAACAUCUAGCCUUCCGCUGUUAAAUGAGGAUUACCUAUCCCAAGUUGGUGUGCUAAAUAUGAAGCUACAAUAAGCAGCUGAUUAGCCUAGCUUAGUAUGAAAGAUGGUAAGUGAAAGCUAUAGCUGAUUAGCUUAGCUUAGCACAAAGACUGUGUCCCCCCUAACUUGAUGCCUAAACACAAGAAGGUCACUUCUACCAGCUAGAAAUAGUUCCAGUAACUCCCUUUAAAUCUGCUACUUGACGCCAUUGACACUUCUCGUGUUUUUUUCCGGUGCUGAAUGUGAAGCUUAGGCCAUGAGUCAGUUAGCCUAGUGGAGCUUUUUGGCGGGAACAGGUUGAACAAGCUAGCCGUGCUUAGCAUAAAGACUGUAAACAGGUUGAAACAGCUUGUCUGACUUUGUCUAACAUUUCAUUGAUAUGAUAACAGUUUGGUGGGAGAACUGUGCCUGUUACAGAAAGAUCAACACCACUCAUAUAAUAAUGAUAAAUAUGAAGCUACAACCAGCAGCUAAUUAGCCUAGCUUAGCAUUAAAACUGAAAAAUACUAGGCUGGCCCCCUCCGAAGUUGGAAUCUGUACAAAACUGAAAUGUAUAAAUGAAAAAAAAGUUUGCAAAGUUAUCCAAAAGUGUUGUCCUCCUCAGACUGCAAGGCUAGCUGUUUCCCUUUGCUCCCAGUCUUAAUGCUAAGCUAAGCUAUUUGGCAUAGACUCUCAAUAAUAAGUGUAAUGUGUGAGACUUUUUUUCUCUUACUUUGCGCACUUAAAACAAAUCUUUCCAAAAAUGUCAAACAUUUCCUUUAACUCCAUCCCUACAUUCAGCUGCAGUUUUUCUUUUUUUUAUGAAAUGCUAAUACUUGUAUUCUUUUUGAACACUCAUUUCAAACGUGUGGCCUGAGAUUAUUUCUUUUUGUGAAGCCUUUCCAUCUUCUGCCAACUUGCUUACCAUCACUACGCCUUGAGGAGCUGCGGUCUUGCGAUUGAACUUACUGUAACAAUGCUGACUCGGCAUCUGAAAGAAAAAAAAAAAAAAGGAAGAAGCAGGUUUGCUGUUUGCCUUGAGGAACAUUUAUCAACAAACACUGAUCCAGGAUUGAAACGCUUCCUCCUUAUAGCAUUAAAAACCAUGAAAUCAGUGUAUUUUUUUUUUUUUUUCUGGGGCUGCUUCCUCCCCAGCGGUGGACUCUUUGUUGAAACCCGGCUGCUGCUUCACGGCAAGUGUUCUUUGAUUCGUCUCCUCCCGGGUGAACGCCAUCCAUUGACUGAGUUAUGAGAUCUUCUGUACUUUGUUGUACUGUAUGCAGUUUUAUCGUCAAACGGAUGUACUUUCUUCGUCUAAUGUUUUGUGGAGUGCUUGUUUGUGGUGUUUUUUUUUCUGUCUUGUGUGUGUGCGGGGAAAUGUGUGUAUGUCUUGUAUACUUUCUUUUUUUGUUUUCUUCCCUGAUGAUAAAACUGCUUUCCAUUAACCAUGUAAGCAAUUUAGAUGCAUAGACGUGCCUUCUAUGCAUAUGCCUAUGUGUAUGUGAUAGCUAUUAAUAAAACAACACAGUGCUCUUUAGUUUCACCGCCAUUCAAGAACCUGUAACACUUAAAUGUGAAUAAUUUCAACCUGAACAAACAAAAAAAGGAAAAAAACGGUGAUCGCAAUGCAAACAAACUAUAUUUUUAACAUGUAUAUUGUACAUGAGUACCUGGUAGAGGAGAAUGUACUUACUAAAACAUAUCUACUUGCCAAUAAGAUAUACUGUAUGUAUAUUCCUACAGCUUUCUCUCUGUGACACAGGGAGGGACCUCUCACAAAGCUUCAGAGGUUUAUUGUAUGACUUUCAAAGCAGUUAACCGUGUUAACUAAACUCAAUAACAAUAAACGGCAACACAUGCCUCAUUAAGAUACA